GUUUUUUUAUAUUUUUUUUUGUAUAGUUUCUUUACUGUUUUAUUUAAGUUUCAUUUAUGUUGGUUGAUACAGGGAAAGUCAUCGGAUGAAUUAGUAACUCAAGAUUCUGAUGAUGAUGAUGAUGAUGAUGAUGAUGAUGAUGAUGAUGCCGAGGAUGAUGAGAAGCAAUUGCCUGAUCCAGAAAAUAUUGAUUCCGACUCCGACGAUGGUGGUGAGUUGGUUAAAGUUGGUGGGGAUGCUGAUGAUGCUGACAAGGCUGUUACUGCUGUUCCUUCUGCUGAUGUGAAUCCUUCUGAGGAUGUUGGAGGGAGUGAUAAAAAUGUUAAGGAUGUUGAGAAGCCGAAGGGCGAUGAGUCUCGAUUGAAGGGGGACGAUUUCUUUGAUGGGUUGAGCCAGCUUGUAAUAGAUGAUGAUCAAGUUGUGUUGGCUGGCUUGGAGGCUGUUGCUAAAAUCAAUGUCCCCGCACCCAAUCCAGAUGUUGUUGGUGAAAAGUCAGAUGCCCUUCAUACUGAUGAAGAAACUGAGGAUACUGUCUCUGAUACACCUCUGUUGGAUAAGAGGAAGCGUGCUCCGGCCUUGAAAUCUCCAUUUGUUGAUUUCGGGUCUGCUGAUGUCGGGAGCACUCCAAUGGAGCUUAUGUCCUCAGGUUCUCAAUCAGCUGGGGAUGAUAGGGAUUUCAAAAUGGUGACUUAUGUGAAGGGCCUUUAUGCUCUUAAUGAUGCUUUUGCUGAUCCCGUAUCUACCGAGAUUGAGGCAAAAUUUGACUUUUGGAUUGGUGAAGGAUUGCUUAAACAUCCCAGGCAUUAUAAUUGUUAUGAAGACGGCGCAAAGAAAUUUACCCCGGGUUUUAGGCUAGGUGUUGAUUAUGUUGAGGAUAAAACUUGGUUUUACCAUUUGGCCACAUGCGACAUGUUUAUGAACGACUCGCAUAUGAACACCAUAUUCUAUUACCUUCGGAAAAAAGGUAAGUAUUCUUCCGCUGUGACGUUGAAUUUCGCAACUACUGAUUGUCUUUUUGAUGAUUCCAUCCAAGCAUUGUACCACAAAUUUAACAAGGCCAAGUCAAUGAAGACUAAGAUGUCACACAUUCACGCUGCCCACCCAAUUGCGCAUUACAUCCGAGGUAUGCGCAUUCCCUGUUCCAAGCCUUGGUAUGAAGCCGAUCACGUGCUUUUCAUCAUCAAUUUAAGAAGGGAAAGUCAUUGGGUUUUUGGGCGUCUUGACGUGCACGAAAGGACGUUAUUUCUGUACAAUUCUUUGAGAACCGCGAAGAUGAAUGCCGCAGCUAGGAAUGCGAUGAAGGCUUAUUCCGUGUUGCUGCCUUUGUUUUUCGAUUUACUUGGGUUCUGGAAGAAUAGAGCACAAGUUCCUGCCUCAGUUUCUGACCCUACAGCUCCAUUCAGAAUCGUGGAGCUUAGUGGUCUUGCGUCUCAGCAGAAGAAUGAUUGUGGAGCAUAUGUUGCUGCCUUUGCUGAAUUCUUUAUACACGGAAAGGAUGUCCCUGCAGACUUUGACAUCGAAGUUUAUCGAACCCGACUUGCUUCACUUUUCUACUCGUACGGACAAAGGAAAAUUGACGAAAGUAUUGACAGCGAGGAUGAGAAGCAAACCAAGUCUUCUAAGGCAUCUAAAUUGAAGAAAUAGGAUCUUUUAAUUUGGUGGCUCUAUUAUGUUAUUUGUUGAAUCUAUUUACUUGACAAGUUUUAGUGUUGUUGUUUCAAUGUAGGUAUUAUAUUUGAUUUUAUACUAUGUAGCUGGUUUAAAACUUUUAGGAUAUUUGACAUUCACUCCUUAUAAUAUCUUUAUUGUAUAGGUUUGUAUUUCCCAAAGUUGUGUGUUUUUUUAAUUGUUCAAGUUCUUAUAUACGGUCGCACAACUAUGGAGAAACUAUUAACCAACUAAAUACAAACUAUGUUUUCAUUUUUCCUAAAUAGUGCUAUGAAUGUAUAUUUAUUCUUCGUAUUCCA